AUGAGUAUAAAGGAUGAAGAUGACUUUUUAGUAGAGUUGGUCAAAGCCUUUUCAUUGCAUACAUCUAUUUGUCAUGACAAUAUGGUGCCUGCUAGACACAAGGAAGAAAAGUUUAUUAGUGAUUUCAUAAGUGGUUGUAUAAAGACUAAUCAAGGAAGUGCUCUUUAUGUAUCUGGACAACCAGGUACUGGUAAAACAUUAACUGCUUUAAAUAGAAUAAACUCUAUUCCUAAAAGGAAAUGUACAACUUUAUUUUUCAAUUGUAUGGGAAUGCAAGACCCAGCAAACAUAUAUACAGAAUUACAUAAUACACUAUGUAAACCAAAAAAAAAGAAAACACCUGGACAAAGUGAAAUGGUAUCCAAAAUUCAACAAACAAUUUGUGAUCCAGAAGAAUCAAAAAUGUUUUGUGUAAUUUUAGAUGAAGUAGAUUCAUUAAUUUCAAGACAUAAUACAGUAAUAUAUAAAUUAUUUGAAUGGCCAUUUGAAGAGGAUUCAAAAUUAAUAUUGAUUGGAAUAGCCAACGACUUGGACUUGUUGGAGAAAUCAAUGCCAAGAUUAUCAAAGAAACAAAAGAAACCUGCACAUUUAAAUUUUGAAGCUUACAAGUCGGAUCAGAUCUAUCAAAUUCUAAAAAACAGAAUAGAAAGUGUAACAGACGACUAUGAAGAUGCCUUUCAAGAUGAAGCAUUACAAUUUAUUGCAAAGAGAAUAGAAAAGAGACGUGGUGAUAUUAGAUUGGCAUUGGAGAUUUGUAGAACUGCAUUGGAACAAAAAAGAAUAGAAUUUAGAGAAGAUCCAUCAAAACUACCAGAAAGUGGUAGUAUCUGUACUUUGGAUGAUGUAUCAAAGAUUAUGGAUUCCUAUUUUGAUAAUUCAUUUCCUGAUACUAUUAUUCAAUUACCUCUUCAUUCUCAACUUUUAUUAAUUUCUUUAUUAUCAUGUCCUUUGGAAAUGAUUUUUACUAUUUUACACCAAAAUUAUAUAUCAAAUUGUAAAUCGAUUAAUAUCAAACCAGUAAAUAAGAACGAAUUUUUCGAUGUUUUUAGUUCAGUAUCAUCAUGUGGAUUAGUUAAUAUCCAAGACGUUAACAAAGAAGAAACAAAAAGGAAAGUCUCUUUAGUUUGUGGUGUUUCUGAUGUUGUCAAUACACUCUUUAGAAAUCGUCUUUUACAACCUCUUGUUGAAGGUUUUAAAAAGGAUGAUAGUGAUGACGACGAUGAUGAUGAUGAUAUUUCAUUAGAUGAUCAAGACCAGGACAAAGACGAAUCUACGCAAAUGGAAGAAGAUGACAAAUAG